AUGUCCGAACUUGAGGUUGAUGCUCUAACUGAUGAGCAAGUUUUGGAGAAAUUGGUGGAAUAUGGUGAAAGAGUGGAGACAAAAGAACGAAAAUUAAAUGAAGCCCAAAAACAAAUUCAUAGAAAGAAAUUGAAACAUAUUGAAGCCAGGAAGAAAAUGAAAAGAGAAAAGGCAGAAAAGCAGUCUGGCAAUAACAGAAGAAAAACAAUUAUUAGCAAACAAGCUGUCAGUGAUGAAGUUCUGAACAUUAAAUCACCGAAUGUCAAUUUAUUAGAACCCAACAAUGCCGUUGAUGAUCUCAACAGCACUUUUGUUUUGUCAGGUGAUCUUCAAAAACACUCCCAGAUGUUACAAAUAUCUAUGUCUAGCCCGGCUAAACCAAUUAAUCCUAAAAGCCCGUUAGCUUUGGAAGUAAUAAAUUCUGUUACUGGUUGCCCAUUUGUUGGCGUGGAAGUUUCGUUGUAUGGCUUAAAUAGAGAUGGAAUGUGGUUGCAACUUGCUGAAAGGAUAACAGAUGAAUCAGGUAUGUGUCCAAACAUUAUAACUCGGGAUUUGUUCACUUCUGGAUCAUACAAAAUAAAUGUCAACAUCGCCAAAUGUUUUGGAGAUGCUUCAUCUACCUUGAAAUCAAUUGAAAUUGCCCUUAACAUUCUUGCUCAUAAAUCAUACAGUGUCAAGCCCACGAUAUCCCAAGCGAUAGUUCAUUGA